UUUAUUAUGUAAGAUUUCUUAUACUAUGCUGAGGUAAAGUCCUUGAAUAUUUAAAAAGACACAAGUGAAAGGUGUUCCAAUAUAUCUUGAUUUGCAGUGACUGUAGGUAUUCAGUAUAGGCUUCAAAACUUUCUGCUACGUUUUACGGCGUUAUUUAGAAUUUACGGUAAUAUACAUUGCAUUCUUUCGAUAAAUAACAUUUUUUCAUUGAUACGUAUUAAUUUAUCCACAUUUAAUUUUAGCAAUGAAACUGUAUUCUGUAUCUGAUGGUCCACCAUCUCUUGCAUGUCGUCAGGCGCUGAAGGUUUUAAAAAUUAAUUAUGAAUUGAUUGAUAUAGAUUUUGGUAAAGGAGAACAUAUGACUAAAGAAUAUGAGAAGCUUAAUCCUCAAAAAGAAAUACCUGUUUUAGUUGAUGAUGACUUUGUAAUGGGAGAAAGCAAUGCCAUUUUACAAUAUCUUGGUGAUAAGUAUGAUGUAUCUGGGUUAUUAUAUCCAAAGGAUCCACGAGAACGUGCUAUUGUAAAUCAUCGUCUUUGUUUCAAUCUCGCUUAUUAUUAUCGUAAUAUUUCGGAAUAUGUGAUGGCACCUAUAUUUUUUGACUAUCAAAGAACUCCAUUGGGCUUGAAGAAAGUGAAAAUGGCUUUAGAUAUUUUCAAUACAUAUUUACAACGUGAAAAUACAAUAUAUGCUGCUGGUAAUCACUUAACUAUCGCGGAUUUUCCAUUAAUCACGAGCACAAUGUGUCUGGAGGCAAUUUCUUUCAAAUUGGACCAAUGGCCUUAUGUGGAGAAAUGGUAUAGUCAUUUUAAACAAUCUUAUCCAGACUUGUGGAAAAUUGCAGAGGGUGGUAUGAAAGAAAUAAGUUAUUUCGAAAAAAAUCCACCUGAUUUAUCUAAUAUGGAUCAUCCUAUUCAUCCAAUUCGAAAAAUUGUGAAGUAAGCGUACUAAAAUCUUCGAAUUUCUUAAAUAUGCAGUACUUAUUACUAAUUAUUCUCUGUAAUUGACAUCUAACAUGAAAUAAAUUAAUCAGUCAAAAAACAUGCUCCAAAGAGCAGUAUUAGAUAUCUGCAUAUAUGUAAUGUGAUAAUGUGUGAAAGUAAUAUUUAAUCAGGUAACUGCGUAUUUGGUAUAAGUAAAUUCUUUAAUUAUUGCAAAGAUGUAAUAGUAGUGCUCAGAAUAAAACAUUUCUUAUAUAAUUUAUAGUAGCAUCUGAGAAGACAAAUUAUUUUUUAAUAAUAAAUAUAUUUGUUUAAUGAAGUGCCACGAUAUAUCUAAAUUUUUAUAUACAUGUAAAAUGAGCUAUUGCUUUUCAUAACAUUUAAAAAUUCUCUAAGUGCACAAUGUUCCAAUUAUAAAUUUAAUAAUCAUACUAACAGAUAUUAAAGAAUCUUAUAUUAUAUUUUUAUAUACAUUUCAUAAAAACUUUAAAUGAUCAACUUUGAUUUCCAUUCUUCAAGAUAGUAUAAAUUGAUAAUUUAAGAAAUGUUUUCUUUUUUUAAGUUUCAAAUUCAAUAUGUUAAAUACUAUAUAAAUUUCAUAUCUAUUGACUAAUCAUUUUUCAGUCAAUAAGCUUAUAUUUAAUCCAUUGCAAGAUGCAUAAUUAAUAGAACACUAGGAUUGAGAUCUAUAUUUUAAUUAAUAUAGAAUUGUCGACCCUGUAAUUGCUAUAUUUAUCCUCAUCAUAAUAUUUAAUUACAAUUUAUUACAACAGACUAAUUCGACUUAGCUAUAAAUAUGAUUAAUAGUAACAAUAAAUUUUAAGAAACUCCCUUUCAAUUCUUUUCCUAAUUAUGUAAUGAUUUUAAUGAAUUGUGUCUAAAAGUGAUCAUUUUAUAGUAAACAAUGGCACUUCCUACUAAUUUAUAAAGUGAUGUGAAAUAUAAAUAGUAUAUUUAAAAAAGAUACUUCACUUGUAAUUGAUUGUCCUUUUUUACUGCAGGUAUAUAGAAAGCACAGUUUUUGCCAAUAUUAAAAGAGGUGACCUAAUUAGAAUUUGUGAAUUACAUCAAUGCUACAACAACACUUCAUCUCAAAAGGAUAAAGUUAAUGUUUAUUAUCUAAUGAUAAAGUUUGGCCACCUCUGAUCUAUAAUGACGCAAUAAUACCAAUAAAAAUAUUAAAAUAAGAAGUGUAUUAUUACAAAAUUAUUUCAUUAUAUUUUUCAAAUUAUCUUAUAUUAGAUAUUAGAAAUCAUAAUUACAAAGGAAUAAAGAAUAUAGAGUAAAUAUUAUUGAAGUAUCUAUAUAGGAUAUAUACUGAAAUAAAAGAUAUGUUUUGCACUUGUCAUCCAAUUAAUCAACGGAUAUCACAGAUAUUUUUGAUCAAUGGAUAUCAAUUUAUUAUAUGAAUGUUUUUCGAAUAAUUUAAAUCAAACUAUCUUCAAUGUUAUUUUCAUAACAAACAAACCAAGUUUAUAUCAUUAUCUGAAAAAAAUAUUGAUGUUAUAUACUAUGUAUUAUACAAUUUCUUUUUCUUUUCAGAAAGAAGGCAUUUUAGGAGAUCAUAAGAUUCAUGUAAUCAUACAUGUUUCAAUACUAGUAGUUGGUUAGACGAUAAGCAAUUGUGUAAAGUGCAAGAGGAAAUUAAUUGAAAAAUUGUUGCAAUAAUGUAUGAGAAAAAUUGAACAAUUUCUUAUAGCUUUGCUUUUUUCCAUUAGAAGAAUUAAUAGAAUAAUAUCAAUGUACUUAAAUGAAAGAGUAGGAUAACAAAAGAGUGAACAGAUCACUCGAUAUUUAACAUUUGUGUAUAUGAAAGGAUAGUGCGUCUAAUAAAAGCCUUGUGCUUUUUCUUCCAGAAUGGAAAGAAAAACUUAGAAGGAUAA